UCCAAGAUGGCGCCCCCGGGAGCUGGGAGCGGGUGACCGGCGGCAGGGACGCGGCCUGGGCUGGCCCUCCGAUUGCGGGGUCCUGGGGGCAUCUCGCUGGGUAACACCCUGGCCCGCCUGCAAGGCCUUCCCACGGCUAGAGCAAUGGCCGCCGACAACAGCAAGCAGUUUUGGAAGAGGAGCGCCAAGCUGCCGGGGAGCAUCCAGCCUGUGUAUGGAGCACAGCACCCUCCUCUGGACCCUCGGCUCACCAAAAACUUCAUUAAAGAACGAUCGAAAGUCAACACGGUUCCUCUGAAGAGUAAGAAGGCCUCCAGUUUUCAUGAGUUUGCCCGGAACACCAGUGAUGCUUGGGACAUUGGUGAUGAUGAGGAGGAGGACUUUUCCUCCUCUUCUUUCCAAACGCUGAACUCAAAAGUUGCCUUGGCAACUGCUGCCCAAGUGCUGGAAAACCACAGCAAGCUGAGGGUGAAACCAGAACGGUCCCAGUCAACGACAUCUGAUGUUCCGGCCAGCUACAAAGUCAUUAAGUCCAGCAGCGAUGCCCAGCUGUCCAGAAAUUCCAGUGAUACAUGCCUACGGAACCCACUCCACAAACAGCAGUCACUCCCUCUCCGACCCAUCAUCCCCCUUGUUGCCCGGAUCUCGGACCAGAACGCUUCUGGGGCACCCCCGAUGACUGUCCGGGAGAAAACCCGCCUAGAAAAAUUCCGUCAGCUUCUCUCCAGCCACAACACUGACUUAGAUGAACUGAGGAAGUGUAGCUGGCCAGGGGUUCCCAGGGAGGUUCGGCCUGUAACCUGGAGACUCCUGUCGGGGUAUCUCCCAGCAAACACCGAGAGGAGGAAGUUGACCUUGCAACGGAAGCGGGAGGAAUAUUUUGGCUUCAUUGAACAGUAUUAUGACUCUCGAAAUGAGGAACAUCACCAGGACACCUACAGACAGAUUCACAUUGACAUUCCAAGGACAAAUCCUCUCAUUCCAUUGUUCCAGCAACCACUUGUACAGGAGAUCUUCGAAAGAAUUCUGUUUAUCUGGGCCAUCCGACACCCUGCCAGUGGGUACGUCCAGGGAAUUAAUGACCUGGUCACUCCGUUCUUUGUCGUCUUCCUCUCAGAAUAUGUGGAAGAGGACGUAGAGAACUUUGAUGUGACCAAUCUGUCUCAGGACAUGCUGCGAAGCAUUGAAGCUGACAGCUUUUGGUGCAUGAGCAAGCUGCUGGAUGGGAUCCAGGAUAACUACACCUUUGCACAACCAGGGAUCCAGAAGAAGGUCAAGGCGCUGGAAGAGCUUGUCAGCCGGAUCGAUGAGCAGGUACAUAAUCACUUCAGGAGGUACGAGGUCGAAUACCUACAGUUUGCCUUUCGUUGGAUGAACAACCUUCUUAUGCGGGAGCUUCCCCUUCGCUGCACCAUCCGCCUGUGGGACACAUACCAGUCUGAGCCGGAAGGGUUCUCCCACUUUCAUCUCUACGUGUGUGCAGCUUUCUUGAUCAAGUGGAGGAAAGAGAUCUUGGACGAGGAGGACUUCCAGGGUCUCCUCAUGCUGCUGCAAAACCUACCCACGAUACACUGGGGCAACGAAGAGAUUGGGCUGCUCCUUGCCGAGGCAUAUAGACUCAAGUACAUGUUCGCCGACGCCCCCAAUCACUACCGCCGAUAGGUGCUGUCUCCCACGGGGACCCAGACUGCCCCCACCUCUGAUGGCAGUCUGAUCACCGUGGCCACUGUGCGAGCCGUGGACUCUGGCCAGGAACCACUCCUGCUGUAAAAAGCUCACAUCUGCCGCCCAGGUCUUAACUUUUUGGCGUGCCUGUCCACUACUCCACGUCUCUGGAUGGGUCUCUUGGACCACUGUCAGUAUUCCGUGACACGUGGAUGGGCCCAGCUCUGGGAGAGGACAGAAAAGGAGGUACAGGGUUGUCUACCCCUUUAAAAGAAACUGGACCCAAGAAGGGGAAGGCUCAGGGUCUCCACUCACAUUGCCGGACAUGGACUGGCUGUCUCUUGCCUCCCAGCCCCAACUGAUACUGUUGCUUCUUUGUGACAUAGUUUGAUUUGAUCGCAGGUCAGAAACGCCUUAUGUUUUCAAAAGACUCCGGACCCCUCUCCCCAGUUCCUAGCUCUUCCCCUUCUGCCCAAGUCUGAGCCUGUGAGGGGCAGCUUUUUAAGACCAUUGUUCUCAGAUGGACGAGGCACUGAUGCUUAUGACUCUGGGAAGAGGCCUACACCCAAGGGCUAGGAAUUUUAUUUUUCCUUUUCUCACCAGAUGUCUGUACGUGUGCCAUGCGUUUGUGUGUGUGUGUGGGUAGACACACCCAUUGGCAUUUAGUUACACGUCUGAAUAACCUGUGUUCAGACUAGCUCCUUCACAACCAGCUGCGAAGAGCCCCAGUGACCAAGUAUACAAGAGUCCCUAGAGAAGGAUCAGGGCAGGGCAGGGAGAAGGGGCUUUUUACCUCUCCAAACCCUUUUUCCAUGAUGACCCACUCCAAGAUAUUAUGUGUAAAUUGUGUUAUUAUGUAUAUGGGUAAAGAUGUACAAAUAUAUGUCCUCUUUGUAGAAGAUAUGAUUUUAUAUUUAUAAUGUGCAUCAACACGUGAAAGCAAUCUAGGUCACUAGCACAGAUGAAGUUGCCAGGCAGGUGGCUCAGCAUCUCCAGGUUGGUUUCUGGGCGCCCUCCUAUGAGGGAAGUGAAUGUGUGUCUGCUGGAGCGAGCUCAGCUCAGCAGGUGGAGCUGCUCUGCUGACCGGGGCAGCCAUCCCCAGAGUCAGUGUCCCAGAGUUUUCUCUCCUGCCCUCUCCCCACCUCCCCAGGCCCUUGUGGAGCAGCUACCCUGUUCCUUCUCCCUCUGCACCCGUCAGAGCUCCCCCUUCACCCCUAGCAGCCUUCCAGAGAGAAGACUACAGUGGCAGAAGCCCUUCUGCAUGUUUUUAGCCGCUGCCUUUCCCCCAGAAUCUGGGGAGGGCUUUUGUUUUUACAUUUUUUUUAAGUUGGCAUUGUGUUCAAGACAGAAGCUGUGACUGAUGGUUAGUGCCAAGGAAAGGGGUUUCCUGUGUGUCCCUGGGGUCUCAAGCUCUUCUCAGAGAGAGGCAUUCAGUGUCCCCCAUUGGCACCAUUGCACCCCACACAGCUCACAAGCUGUGUGACCCAUGUUGGAUGUUGGGUGUUUGGUGGUGGAGAGGCAGGGGGGUGGUGGUAGGCUGCCGUCAUGCCCUUGGGAAGCCAGGCAGCGUCCCCAGUGGGUAACGCCCUGAGUCUGCCAGUGAAGCCCACCCCGCUGGCCUGUGGCAUUUCUCAUCGGGAACUGUUUCUCAGGCAUUCUUUCUAGCCCUUUCCUUUUCCCCUUCAGUGUGCCUCAAUAGUCUCCUUCACAGAGUGAGAGGGCUGUGACCCUCCCUCAACCGGACUAAUUAAAGAAAGACACUUGUGUUCCCAAGUGGUGGUUUUAUUUUUUUAGUUUUUAUGUUUGUAUGGGAAAUUGUGGAUAAAGUGAAAGAACUGUAAAUAAAUAGUGUAUUUCCUCCUCCA